ACAGAGUAAGACACGACUGAAGCGACUUAGCAGUAGCAGCAGCAGCUAUGUUUCUGGGAUUGUUGUAGGCACUGUGGAUAAAGCAGGGAAGAAAACAGAAUCUCUGUGUUCUUGAUGGUGGAGUGCACUUGAAGCCAUUUUAGAAAUACAGAAAGUCAGAGUGUGGCAGGAUUUUAGCGAGCAAGCAGGAGUUUGUAUCUGGCCAGACCUGAAGGGCUUUGAGACAAAAAUGAGAUUGAACUUUGUCCCCAUGACAGUGGGGAGCCAUAAACCAGUCUCCAGCAGCAGACGUGCCACCCUGAGAGCGGAAAGAGAGGGCAUUAGGAAGACGCAUGAGGCACCACCAGAAGACAGGCCAGAGAAGUCCUUAUAAGAAGAAGGCUUCGGGGCAUCAUGGUAGGAGGCUUGAAGAGGAAGCACUCAGAUCUGGAGGAAGAAGAAGAGGAUGAGAAGUGGGACUGGAGUCCAGCAGGCCUGCGGAGCUACCAGCAAGCCCUGCUCCGCAUCUCCCUAGACAAAGUCCAGCGAAGUCUAGGCCCCCGAGCACCCAGCCUUCGCAGGCACGUCCUCAUCCACAACACCCUCCAGCAGCUCCAAGCGGCGCUUUGCCUGACUCCUGCACCUGCCCUGCCCCCAGAGCCCCUCUUCCUGGGCGAGGAGGACUUCUCGCUGUCGGCAACCAUUGGCUCUAUUCUCCGGGAGCUGGAGACCUCCAUGGAUGAGACCGAGCCACCUCAGAAUCCAGCAGCUCCCCCAAGCCCCCAGAAUGAAGUGCUUCCCCAGCCCGAUCCAGUCUUCUUAGAAGCUCUGAGCUCCCGGUACCUGGGGGACUCAGGCCUGGAUGACUUCUUCCUGGACAUCGACACAUCCGCAGUGGAGAAGGAGCCUGCAGUGGCCCCACCAGAACCUCCUCACAACCUUUUCUGUGCCCCAGGGUCCUGGGAAUGGAAUGAACUAGAUCACAUCAUGGAAAUCAUUCUGGGAUCCUAAAACUUUGAUGGGGGGCAGGGGAGGGCUCCUUCCUCAUCCCAGCCUUGGUGGGAUGACUCCCUGGAUGCAAUUCUGUGUGCGUGUGUGUGUUUUGAUGGGGCCUCUAAGCAGUGGCCUCCUCUCCUCCCACUUCAGGGUUCCACAAAUUGUCUUGCAUGUGUGUGUGUGUCUGGUUAUCUCAGCCUUCUGUGAAGGUGGGUCUUCCUGAAUUAAUUUAUCUGUUCCAAAUGCCUUAAUGAGACUCUGUUUCCAGGAGUCUGAUUUCCCACUUCCACAUUUCUUCUGCCUUUUCCUCCAGUUCCGACUCCCCUUGUGUCACUGGGGCCUCAGGGAAGAUAAGCUGGGCCUGUCAAAGGAUGACAGGGAUGUGCUACCUGGUUGCUAUGGAAACCCAGCCUCUGCCUCAUGGCACCUCCAGGUAGUGGGAGAGGCUGGCCUCCUCCCCCAGGCUGAACCCCACCUCCUUCGCAGGACCCCAGUCCCAGCAGCCUCCUGAUUCAUGACCAGGCCGGACCACGUGCAAUAGGGUGGAAACCAAACUGCUCCAUGCCGCAUUAUUUAAAAGAAAAGCGGGUUUUGUGGUGUUUUUGUUUGUUUGUUUGUUUGAUUGUUUGUAAUGAUUUUUUUUUUUUUUUUUUUAAUAAAAGUAUUUUGGAAGGGGUGA